AUGAUCUCAACAUUUGAACAAGAGGAAAAUAUUGGUGAUUCAAGUAAAAGAGUGGAUGUUGAUUUGCGAGAUCUUCCUACGGAUUUGGGCUUAGGACCCCGAAUUUUAGAUUAUAAUCCUAAUAUUCAAGAUCAAAUCCAAAGAAUAUAUUUGGAAAAGGGUCCUUGUCAACCUAAGGGCCAUGAGUUUCCUUCUAGAUAUUUUGGUGGAUUUUCAAGACGAUUUGUUGUUUCUUGGUUUAGUGAAUUUGAACAAUGGUUGGAAUAUAGUGUCGUGAAAUAUGCUGCGUUUUGUCUUGAUUCCUAUCUUUUUAAGCCAGAUGGUGAUAAAGGAGGUGGUGAUUGCCUUGUUGCUUUCAAGAACGCUCUUGAUAAUGUCAAAUUUUCAUCACUUGAGAUUCAAAAAGACACUGUAAGUGCUGUUCCAAAUGAAACCAUAAGUGUUAUCAUUAGAGAUUUAGGAGAUUCAUUAUUCGAUAUAAUGAUUGAUGAAUCUCGUGAUAUCUCUAGGAAGAAACAAAUGGCUAUUGUCUUACAUUAUGUUAACAAGAAUGGACUUGUGGAGCACUUUCUAGCGAUUGUGGUUAAUAUUAUCAAUGCUCUGUCAAAGCAUUGCAAUAUUUGUAGAGAUAAGCAAGCUUAUAAAGUUAUUGAAGUUCUUUCUAGUGGUGAACUUUCAAGUGGAAAAGAUCUCAAUCAAGAGACUAAUAUGCAACGUGCCAAUGAUACGUGUUGGGGCUCGCAUUAUGGUACGUUAAUGAGCAUAACCUUGAUGUUUUCAUCCAUUAUUGAUGUUCUUGAAAUUGUGGCAAAAGAUGAGUCAAACUUUGAGCAAAGAUUUCAUGCAAAAAACAUAUUGAAACUGUUGCAAUCAUUAGACUUUGUGUUUACUCAAUUUUUGAUGAAAGGUAUAAUUGGCUUUACAACUGAACUUUCUCAAACACUACAAAGAAAAGAUGAUAUUGUAAAUACUAUGAUUUUGGUUGAAGCACGUAAGCAAGCUUUACAAUUGAUGAGGGAUAGUGGAUGGGAGACUUUAUUAAGCAAAAGACGAGCCUCGAACAUUCCCCUUUGGGGCCGGGAAAGGGAAUUCCUAUCAUCCCGUAACAGGGAUGGGGCAGGCAGUGAUCUUGAGGGCGAGGAUGGAUACGGUGACUGA